AUGCUAGUCUACCAUUCGGAUGAACUUGUGCCUAUUGGGUACACUGAUUCGGAUUCCCAGUCAGAUAGAGAUUCUAGAAAGUCUACCUCAGGAAAUGUGUUUACUCUGGGAGGUGGAGCCAUAAGUUGGAGGAGCAUCAAGCAAACUUGUGUUGCUGAUUCCACCAUGGAAGCUGAAUAUGUGGCUGCCUCUGAGGCAGCCAAACAGAUGGUUUGGCUCGGGAACUUCCUAAGAGAGUUGAAUGUGGUUCCAUCGAUUCAAGCACCAAUAACACUUUAUUGUGAUAAUAGUGGUGCGGUUGCAAAUUCAAAGGAGCCACGAAGUCAUAAAAGAGCAAAGCACAUUGAGCCUGCUUCCUCAAAUGAGACAGACCAAGAUGCUCUACUAACUUUCCAAAAUCUUGUUACAAGUCCAAUUCAUUUUCUGGCCAAAAACUGGACUAAGAAUACUUCUUUUUGCUCUUGGUUUGGUGUCACUUGCAAUUCAAAAAGGCAAAGAGUUGUAUCCUUGGCUCUUCCAAAUUUGCAACUUCAAGGCACAAUAUCUCCAUCUUUGGUCAAUUUAUCCUUUCUUAGAGACCUCAAUCUUGUAAACAACAAUUUCCAAGGAAAUAUUCCAACGAGUCUAUUUCAACACCAAAGAAUUCAAAAUAUUUCAUUGGCUUUUAACAAACUUAGUGGUGAAAUAUUUCAAGGGCCAUGGUAUUUACCCGAACUUAGAGUCUUGGAUCUUACCAACAAUAAUCUCACAGGAAUCAUCCCUCUUUCUAUUGGAAAUGCUACAAAAUUGCUAAACUUAAGUUUGGCUAGGAAUAGAAUCAUCGGCAAUAUUCCAAAUGAGAUUGGGAAUCUUAAAUCCAAUCUAAAGAUUCUUGGUAUACCAUACAAUCAAAUUUCUGGUGACUUUCCUUCCAAUAUUUGCCAAUUCACAGAGCUCACAGUGUUUUCCAUAGCUUUCAACAAUAUAACUGGUGAAAUACCCAGAAAUAUUGGUUGUUUAGCUAAGUUGAAGAAGUUCUUUGUUGGAAAUAACGCUAUAAACUGA